AUGUGGGUACUUAAACUACUAGAAAUUGUCUGGGGACGUUCAAUUGAAAUUGUCAAUAAUGAUGAUAAUGGGAAUGUUCAUAUAGUAAUUAAAGAUGGAAUAAUUGUAAACUUGGAAAAGCUUGAAAAUCCUACUGCGACUACUGAAAAUAAUUAUGAAGUAAUAACUAAUACGGAAAGUGAUGAAAAUCCUACUGCGAAUACUGAAAAUAAUUAUGAAGUAAUAACUAAUACGGAAAGUGAUGAAAAUCCUACUGCGAAUACUGAAAAUAAUUAUGAAGUAAUAACUAAUACGGAAAGUGAUGAAAAUCCCACUGCGACUACUGAAAAUAACUGGGAAGUAAUAACUAAUACGGAAAGUGAUGAAAAUCCCACUGCGAAUACUGAAAAUAACUGGGAAGUAAUAACUAAUACGGAAAGUGAUGAAAAUCCCACUGCGAAUACUGAAAAUAAUGAUAAAGUAAAAACUAAUACAAAAAAUUACGAAACUACAACUUAUGAUGAUUCGAGUAUUUUAUAUCCUGAUGGAAGUGUUAAGCCGGGAUAUUAUUCACUAAGCAGAGAUGAACCGUUCCCCGAAUAUUUCCUUCCAUGCCAUCAAAUGCAGUAUAUGUUUGAAGAUCGCAUUGAUUUAGAUUGUCAUUAA